AUGUCUAACAAAAUUCUCGCUGGGAAAGUUGCAAUCGUGACUGGUGGUAGCCGAGGAAUCGGCGCAGCAAUCGCUCUGAAAUUUGCACAGCAAGGCGCAGAUGUAGCAAUCAACUACGUAUCCGCAACAGCCGAAGCAGAGGCGACAGUUGCAAAGAUUAAAGCUUUAGGAGUGCGAUCCAUAGCGAUCAAAGCCAACGUCUCACAGGAAGAAGAGGUAGCUGCCAUGUUCACGACGCUCAUGAAUGAGUUCGGCCGGCUGGAUAUUGCCGUGAGUAAUUCCGGCAUCGAAUACUUCGGCGAUGUUCUCGAGGUCACGGGUGCGGAUAUGGAUCGUGUCUUUGCAAUCAAUGUUAAGGGCCAGUAUUUUGUCGCUCAACAGGCUUAUAAGUAUAUGGCGGAUUUUGGUCGUGUGAUGUUGACUUCGUCUAUCUCGGCUAUUAAGGGUGUUCCUCGUCAUGCUGUUUAUGCUGCCUCUAAAGCUGCUGUUAUGGGUAUGACCAAGUGUCUUGCUGUCGACUUUGGCUCACGAAACAUCACUGUCAACUGCAUCGCUGCGGCUGGCGUUAAGACCGACAUGUAUGACGAAAUGGCAAAAGAGUAUGUUCCUGGUGGUCGUGAUAUGACCAACGAGCAGAUUGAGACCAUGCUGUCCAAGUGGUCACCUCUAAAUCGAGUUGGCGUUCCGGAAGACGUGUCGGGUGUUGCAUCUUUGAUUGCUAGUCCUGAUUCGCAGUGGCUGACUGGACAGACGUUCUCAGUUUCUGGUGGUGCUUUCAUGGCUUGA